CUCGAGUGUCGAAUAUCGAAGGAAAACGAUUGAUUUAAAUUGACAUUAAAAACAAAAAGUAUUAAGUUUUUUUUAAGAAUGUAAUGGAAAUAAGAGUAAUUUAAAAGUUAGCUGUUAUUUAUUAUUUGACCUAUUAUUUUACCCAGUUUAAAUUUAAAUGCCAGUUUAUUGUUGACGUAUUCAUUUAUUUGUCCACGUCAAAGUGUUGGAGUAUCUCAAGAGAGGUUAGGACAGAUUGGAUCCCGUGCAUGUAAUCCGGGGUGAUGGCUAUGGAAUUUUUAUUUAAUCGACUCAAAGCACUUUUUGUAUUUUUACUGAGUAUUUUUAGACGUGCCUUAUGUUGUCUAAGACGAAGAAGAAGAUCUUCGUGUGAUUCUAUUCCACUGUCAGCUGUCGGAGUUAUACCUAAUUCUGUUAACAACAAAGUGGAACAAGAAAACUGGGAACAAUGGGAUGAAAAUCCAGUUGUUGUUGUGUCAAAUAAACCAUGUAAUUCUGUUCAAAGUAAAAUUGAACAAUAUCGCCAACAAAUUGCUAAAGUUCCUGAACAAAAUGAAGAAACUCAAGUUGAUUUCUUUCAGGACAUGACACCAAAGAUUACUAAGCAAAAGAAAAUAAUUCUUAGAGAUCCAAAGACUGAAGAAACUAGUAUGAAUUUAUCUAAAUUUGCUAUUGCUUCUGAGAGAGUACCGACUAACGAACUUGAAACAUGGGAUGAAAAUGCGACCGGAUGGGAAGAAGAAACUACUGAAGAGUUUGGGGACCCAACGGAAGAAAUACGGGAGCAAAGACGACGUGAGCGGGAAAGAAGAUUGUAUGAGCAGCAUCAAAGACGCAUGGACUACAACUUCCGACCUCCGCCAUUGGGAGAGAAAAUAAGCUCCUGAUUAUAUAUUACGCGGAACCAUAAAUCAAAAUGCACAAAAUUAAAUUUUUGAAUGUUUUAAAAAUCAUUUAGAAAGUAUCCAUCAGUUAUCACGUAUCCCGUAUCCGAAUCAUAGAUCCAAAGUGUGGAAUCAUGAUUAGGUUGUAUUAUUUUUCAACUAGCACUUUAUCAAUUAGCAUUAUUGUUGCUUUUUAUAUCACGAUUAUCUGUGAGUUAUAUUUGUACAUAAAUUAUGGCAUUUAAUUAUUGUUUUUAAUAGUUAUCUAGUGAUUGGUAAUUGUUUAUUUUUCGAAUUUAUUAA